AUGGCAGACAACAAGAAAGCUGUUGUGAGUGGGGAUUCAUAUAUCAGGGCUCAUCUCAAGAACAUGGGAUCUUAUACUGCCAUUUUGCCUUUUGAGGUUUUAUCUGUUCAGUUGGGAAGGAAACCCGAAGAAAUUAUCAAACUAGAUGCGAACGAGAACCCCUAUGGUCCUCCUCCCGAGGUCUCCAAAGCUUUAGGGGCGUUGAAGUUCCCACAUGUGUAUCCCGAUGCUGAAUGCCGUCAACUGCGAGCAGGUCUGGAGAGUUAUAUUGGGCUUGAAUCCCAACACUUGAUAGUAGGCUGCGGUGCUUAUGAGCUCUUGGACUUGAUCAUGCGCUGUGUGCUCGAUCCCAAUGACAAAAUUGUGGAUUGCCCUCCAACAUUUCCUAUGUACCAAUUCGGCACGACUCUUCACGCUGGCCAAGUCAUCGAGGUACCAAGGAAGCCCGAUUUCAGCUUGGACCUGGAAAGAAUCAGUGAAGCUGUCUCGAAAGACAAGCCAAAAUGCAUAAUCUUGGCAUCUCCCAACAAUCCAGAUGGGAGCCUUGUAACGGAUGAAGCUUUGCUGAGGAUCCUUGAGCUACCCAUACUGGUUGUUUUAGAUGAAGCUUACAUUGAGUUUUCAGGUAUGGAAUCAAGGAUUAAGUGGGUUAAGAAGCACGAGAAUUUGAUUGUCCUUCGAACAUUCAGCAAGGUAGCAGGUUUGGCUGGGCUUCGGGUGGGGUAUGGUGCUUUCCCUUUGAGCAUGAUUGACUAUUUUCGAAAAGCAAAACAACCAUUCAGUGCGUCUGUGGCUGCUCAAGCUGCCGCUUGUGCAGCACUGCAAAAUGCUUCCUAUCUGGAGAAGGUGAAGAAUGCGUUGAUUAAAGAGAGGAGGAGGAUGUAUGAGCUUCUGAAGGGCGUUCCCUUUCUCAAGCCCUUUCCUAGCUAUGCCAAUUUCCUUCUUUGUGAAGUCGCCCCCGGGAAGGGUGCUAAACAGCUCAAGGAUGAGCUCGCAAGGAUGGGAAUAGUCAUUCGAUACUAUGGGGAUUUGAACACAUUUGUUCGCAUCACUGUGGGGAAGCCGGAACAUACAGAUGCCCUGAUGGAGUGUCUCCGACGCCUGGCUAACUGAUUCCAGGUUGAUGGCUUGGCUGCGUCAAGGGCU